UCUUCGUCAUCGCUCCAAUCGAGAACCAGUCUUCCUCCUUGAUUCGCCUCUAAGUAAAACCUCUCUCUCUCUCUCUCUCUCUCUCUCUAGCGGUAUAUACCUGCGCAUCGUCCGUCUCAUCUUGCAUCUUGCAUCUUGCAUCUUGCAUGGGUAGGUAAGAUUCAGUAAUUAGCAGGAGGACGAGAUAUGGGAAAGUGGCCGCCAUGGCAGCCCGAGGAGACCAAGAAACUCCACGUCAAGUUUCGCCGCUUGAGGCUCGAGGGCCUCGACGCAUUUGCGGAGCGCGACGGCGAUGAGGCGAAGAAGGAGAAGGAGAAGAGGAAGGAGAAGGGGAUCUUCCUCGAGGUCAAGUGGCGAGGACCCAAGCAAGGGCUCGUCCAGUUCCCGCGGACGGCGACGCGCCACAGGCAGGUCACGACCCAGAGGCUCCUGAGCGGGGACGCGGCCUUCGAGUGGGACGAGGGGGAGCUGAUCGAGGGCACGUGCGGCUUCGGCGGCUCCUCCGCCGCGUGGGAAGUUUCCUUCAAAGUGUUAUGCGUAAGUGCGAGUCGGGGGGAUUGCGCAGAACCGAAGCCCAGGCUGGCUGUUCUCGGGAAAGUUUCCUUGAAUUUGGCGGAAAUGGCGUCGAAGAUGGAGUCCGCAGCUGAGAAGAAGCUUCCCAUCGCCUUACAGAUCGCUGGCGAUACCUGCGAAGCUUCUCUUACGGUGAGCGUUAGCUUCUCGGAAGCCAGGAGUUGUAGCGACGUGGCCUCGGCGCAAGUAGUGGUGCAAGGCCAGAACGCGACGGCGGCCAGGUCAGAAAGAGAAGACGGUUUCUUUAAAAUAGUAAACGCCGUGAUGAAGAGGCCGAAGAAAAGUCAAGAGGCCCGACCCGGACCCGGCCCCGGCCCAUCCUCCGACUCCUCGGACGGGUCGCCUCCCCGGGCCGGCCGGGCGGACCCCGCCGCCGGGAGCGACGGCCGCCGCGAGCUCAGCCCCGGGCCGGAGCCGGGGUCAUCGACCUCGAGCUCCGAGCCGGUCAAGCAGAGAGGGUUCCUGUCGUGGAAGCGACGGCGGCUGAGCCUUAAGCCGACGACGAGGAGCAAAGUGGAGCCAUUGACGGUCGAGGACGGGCCGGACGGGCCGGACGGGCGUGGGCGUGACGUCAGCAAUGUGCCCCCCUCCGCCGGUCCUGAAAUGAAAGUUGCUGCGGAGGAGACUUCUCUGGAAAUGGACUGUCAAGAAGAUGACUGCUUUUGGGAGGAGAAAGAACUAGUCAGCAGAGAUGGGCAAACAAAACUGAGAACAAAUGUCUCUUUUGCUUCCUUCGAUCAGAGAAGUGAAAAGGCAUGUGGAGAAAGCGCUUGUUCCGCAGUAGCUGCCAUGAUUGUCGAUUUUCUCUACUCAAACCAAUAUAACCUUCCGACUAGAGCUCAGUUCAAUUCGCUCAUCAAAGAAGGUUCUGAAGAAUGGCAGAGGCUCUGUACCAAUGAAGCCUACCUCAAGAGGUUCCCCAAUAAACACUUUGAUCUCGACACUGUUUUCGAAGCCGGAAUGAGGCCUUUCACAAUCUGUCAUGAUAAGUCAUUCAUUGGGUCUUUCAGCCCAGAGAAAUUCGAGGCUCUUAAGGGAUUUAUGUCAUUUGAUGACAUAUGGGCAAAAAUUAUGAUGCAUGAAGCUGAAGAAAGUGGUUGUGGAAUAUACAUAGUGAGCUGGAAUGAUCAUUUCUUUGUUUUGAUGGUGGAAGAUCAUGCCUACUAUGUCAUUGACUCAUUGGGGGAACGGCUCUUCGAAGGUUGUGACCGUGCCUAUAUUUUGAAAUUCGAUGAAGCUGCUGUGCUGUACCGAAAGGCCGAGAAUGGCGAGAGUUGUGGGUCGGGGAAGGAGGAGGGCGAGGGCAAGAGUGAGAAGAAAGAAGAUGAGUGGGAGGAGGUAAUGUGUGCAGGAAGGGAGUGUUGUGGAGAGUACAUUAAGAGGUUUCUUGCAGCUAUACAGGUCCAAGAACUCGAGGAAGACGAGAAGAAGGGGUCCGCCUCUACUCUUUCUCUCCAUCAAAGACUGCAAGUAGAGUUCCACUAUUGCUGUCCCAACCCUUCUGAGCCGCCGGCUGCUGAGGCCGUGGCUGCUGCAUUGCCUUCUGCCAAUGCCUUCUAGAUUCGUUGCUUUUGUCUUGGGAAGGAUCUGUUUCUUUGAGUGGCUAGCAAGUUGUAUUUUUUUUGGGGGUGUCAAUUUUUGUAUUCAUCUCCGUGAGAUGUGUAAAUACAUAGUUCAAUGAGAAGUGGGUAAAGAAGAGCAUGAUGUAAUUUAUUCCUCUGCUCAAAGCCUCCGGAUCGCAGAGCGAUUUAAGUGCAAGUGAUUUUGUCUUUGUUUC